UGUGUGUAUGUCACAGCAAGGAGCACAUCGCCUCCCUUUGCCAGGCAGCUAUAGACCAUUGCACUGAGCAGGACAUGUCUAUCAGGCAGCGGGCAGCAGCAUGGAGCCACUAGCGUUUUCUCUGCUUCUCCUCUGGCCAACCCUCGUCUCCCUGAAUGGGGCAGGAGAUGGGACCUGGGCCAGGUUUGCCAGCCUACCUUAUCCGGAGGACAACCUGUUCCUACAUGCCACCUUCCCUGAGGGCUUCAUGUGGUCUGUGGGCACAUCAGCUUACCAGACAGAAGGGGCCUGGCAGCAGGAUGGAAAGGGAGUGUCCGUCUGGGACACCUUCACCCACAAGCAGCUCAGUGCCAACGGGGAUGUGGCCAGUGACAGUUACAAUAAUAUAGAGAGGGACAUUUCCGCCAUCCAAACUUUGGGUGUCACACAUUACCGCUUCUCCAUCGCCUGGACCAGGAUCUUCCCAGACGGUCUACUCUCAAGCCGCAAUGAAGUUGGGCUCAGGUUUUAUUCCCACUUCAUUCAGAGACUCCGAGAUAUAGGUGUUGAGCCCAUAGUGACUUUGCACCAUUGGGAUCUGCCCCAGGCUCUCCAGGACCGGUAUGGAGGUUGGAUUAAUGAAACAUUGGUGGACCGCUUCAGCGAAUACGCCCGGUUUUGUUUCGAGGCUUUCGGGCACCGGGUGAAGUACUGGAUCACUAUCGACAACCCUUACGCCCUGGCUUGGCAUGGGUAUAGCACGGGAAAGCUUGCUCCUGGUAUCAACGGAGCCCCACGUGUACCCUACACAGUGGCACAUAACCUGAUUAAG